AUGGAGGAGAGCAACCCCUUUGGCGAGGAUCUGCCGCUGCCACCGGCUCGUCUGUUCGAACGCCUGAGCCAACUGUCUGGAUACACCUGGGACCAAGCGAUCGAACCGUUUCACUCGACGUACAACCACUGGCACAUCUCAGGAUAUCGGCAUGCCUUGGAGUCCGACCUGUCAGCGCCUCACGCCCACUCCUCAGGCCCCACAUCCUCCGGUCCCUCCAGCCUCACACGAUUCUCCCCUCGUACAGAAGCCCGGCCGUCAGCCCGUGCCCUGCGAAGACUAAGCGUAAGCGACACUAGCAGUGAGGUCUCCCUCUCGAACCACCAUAGCUUGGAGGCAGAGGCAGUAUGGAUACCGGUCGUCGCGCGAAUUUCCACCAACAUAGUCCGGCUGGAGCGGGAGUUUCACAUGCUUCGGUCGAUCGUUCAAUCGUCAGACCCCGAUUGCAAUCAUACGAUACGACCGCUCGACUUGAUCAGGCUACAACAAGACUCCGGGAAUUCGGCAACGCUGUUGGUCGCAAUUUUUGAAUCUCCGGGACACGACAGAUUGCGAGAUCUCGUCACAUUCGGCCCCGCCUCGUUUGCGGCGGGAUCCCGGGGUGAGGACAACAAUGCUACUCCCAACGAGCAGGUCUCCCUGCAAGCGUUCUUCGAUUUCGCGAUCGGUGCCUGCGACUGCUUGGAGAUUCUACACUACGGGUUGAAAACAGUGCACGGUGAAAUUCGAGGAGAUGCCUUUCACUUUUCGGCUGAGACUGGUGCAGUCAAACUUGCAAACACUGGCAAUGGCGCGAGAUCGUUUGACAAUGUUCUGAGCGAAGGGUGGUCCUCCGUUUCCCGUGAGCUUGGUGCCAAGUACAAGCUGCAGUUCAUUGCACCAGAGCAGACGGGAAGAAUGCCCACAGAGCCGGAUAGUCGCACUGACAUCUACGCUCUGGGCCUGUUUUUCUGGUCUAUGCUGGUUGGAAAGCUUCCAUUCGAGGGCAAUGACCCAGUUGACGUUGUUCAAAAUGUGCUAGGAAAGAGGCUCAUCCCGGUGUCUGGAAAGCGAAUGGACAUUCCGGACGCUCUCUCAGCCGUGGUUCAGAAAAUGACUCAAAAGGUCGUCCAUGAUCGAUACCAUACUAUCUCGUCUGUGAAGAGAGACCUGACUCACAUCUUGAAAUUGCUUGGGGAUGGAGAUGGGGAGGCUCUGAACAACUUCCGAGUUGCGCAAGGAGACGUUUCUUCUUUCUUCACUCUUCCGACACAAAUGUUCGGCCGGCAAGAAGAAUAUGACAAGAUCAUGAGUGUCAUACACAAAGUCAAUAAGCGCCAGGCGGCCGCUUUGGCCAAAUCGGGGACUCAAAGCCCGGGUACAAUGCACGCGCUCACUUCGGCUUCGUCCAUCGCCGAGAGCCGCGUUGAGAGCUUCGAGUGCGCUUCUGUUUCCAGUGAUUCUGGCUCUUUCCAACUGCCCCCUCGAUCCAGCUCUAACGUCACGAGUGGACACAUUGCACAAGCCAAUGCCCAAGAGGCUGCGUUAGCUGGCGACGAUACGCUCUCGUCAACCCCUAGAAACGGGUCAAUUGCAAUCCCCGACGCAUACAGCCAAAGCCCAAGAGCACAGUCAAGCAGGAUGAAGAGUCCAUCGCAUUCUCGGUCUUCCCAUAACACUGAUCCUUCCGUUGGCCCUCAGAGUCUACCAUCGACCAGCUAUAACAAUUCUAGCCAACCGGAAUCAUUUCAUUCUCUGAUCAAGCAGAAGGCAGGUAGCAAGAUACGCCGCAACGAGCGAUGUGAAGUAAUCACAAUUAGUGGUGCUGCUGGUAUUGGUAAAACAGAUCUCUUGAAUCGAAUCCAGCCAACCGCUCGCAAACUUGGAUGUAUUGCGAUCACCCGCCUUGACCGAGCCAAGCGUGUCCCCUUUGAGCCAUUUGCCAAGCUUCUAGCAAGUCUUUUGCGCCAAAUCUUCUCCGAGCGAGAUGUCACCACGGAUUAUCAUAACAGUGUGCGGGUGGCCUUACGCCCAAUGUGGCCCACUCUCCACAAAGUCUUGGAGCUCCCAGAGCAAUUGAUGUCCCCGGGCGCGAAGUAUAGACCCACGGAUGCUAAACCAGAUUUGUUUGUACCGGACAAGGGAGAGCCCUCCAAGCACGUUCGAAUCCCAGGACUAGACCAGGGUCAGAGCUCUCUUGACUUCUUCUUGGCCAAUGCUGCCUCCAAAAAUAUGCAGCUCAUGGACACAUUCCUUGAGAUAUUGAGAACGCUUUGCCACUUAAAGUUAAUCACCAUUUGCCUUGACGAUCUUGAACAUGCGGAUGAUGAGACUUUGGAUCUGGUUCUGAAGAUAAUCAAGGCUCGACUCCCAUGUGUGAUCAUCCUGGCAAGCCGAAAAGAUGAGAUCGCCUCAGACCAGAUGAGGGCUUUGUUCGAGCAGGACAGACCCACUGUCACUCGGAUUGCACUUGAACCGCUAGAAGAACAGCACGUCAUGGAAAUCAUUGCGGUGACUAUGCAUCAGAAAUCCAACCAAACAUUGACUCCACUCUGUGCUGUCAUUCAAGAAAAGAGUCGCGGGAACCCCUUUUACGUUCGGGUAAUGCUUGAGACUUGUUACAGAACAAAUUGCAUUUGGUAUUCGUGGAAAGACUCCAAAUGGCUCUUCGAUCUUGAUCGGAUAUUCACUGAAUUUGUGGCCCCAGAGUAUGGGGAAGAGCUUGGGCUCGGGUUCCUUACAAGGCGUCUCCAGGGGAUUCCGGCUACCGCCCGAUCAAUCAUGAUAUGGGGAGCGCUUUUGGGCAGUCCUUUCUCGUUCUCGUUGGUUCAAAAGCUGCUGACCAGUGAAUUUCUUUAUUUGACUGAUGACGAUGAGGAUAUUGAUCUCACAUCACCACAGAACGUGACAUUGAUCAGACAAUCCGAAGGUGACAUCGUUGUUGGGUUGCAAUUCUUGGUCCAGGCCAAUCUAUUGAACGCUGGGAAGACCGAUGAUGAGUUUAGGUUCGGCAAUGAGCGCCUUGCACAGGCCGCACUUUCUUUGAGCGAGAGCAAAAAUGUGGAGAAGAUGCACUUUAUUGUGUCACAGGCUUUGAUGAAAUAUUAUCAUGACCAUCGCAGUCGUUACUCUAUGGCCCAUCACGUCGCACUGGCCUCACGCACAAUCAAAACGCGUGUUGCCAGGCGACUAGAGUACCGCCGGAUAUUAUGGGAUGCUGGCCAGACUGCGUCUCAGUCCGGCGCGCGGCCUUCUGCACUUUGGUAUUUCCGUCACUGCAUCGCUCUCCUCCAGGAUGACUUAUGGAAUGACGUCAAACCGGACGUCUACUAUGAUGAAACCAUGCGGCUGUUUAUCGCGACUGCUGAGAUGGCGUGGUCACAAGGGCAAAAUGAGGAAGCUCUUCAGUUGAUUGACGAGGUUUUUGCUCAUGGCAAGGACGCCGUCAGCAAGUCCAGAGCCUGGAUCAUCAAGGCUAAGAUCUUUGCCCAGGUAGGAGAUCACCACCAUUCCAUGGAGGCGCUCCUCACUUGUCUCGACGAGCUUGGAGUGCAUCUACGCAAACCCACGAGUUAUGAGGAAUGUGAUGCCGCCUACCUUCGUCUCAAGACCUAUCUAGAGACUGUCGACUUGAGCUCCAUCGCACGAAAGCCAAUCUCUCAGAACCCCACUGUGAUGAAUAUUGGCGCAGUCAUGGCAGAGGCCAUGACGGUCACUUAUUGGGAUGACGCAUUGGUUUUCUAUCGGAUGGCAAUUGAAGUCAUGAACAUCCAUAUCUUCCAGGGUGGAUUUACGCAGAUUGCCAUAGGUUGUUCCCACCUUGCCAUGAUCUCUCUGGGCCGGUUCAAAGACAUCGAAUUUGGUGCUAAGCUAAGCGAUCUCUCUUUGGAAUUGCUUGAGCGUUGUCCCGAGCUUUGGACGCAGAGUAGAGGAUCAAUCGUCCAUAAUCUCUACGUCAGCCAUCUCCGUGUUCCUAUGGCGUCUACUCUCCCGGCCCUGGAAACCUCACUUGAGGCAUCGUUCUCAAUGGGCGAUCCUUAUUUGACACUGAUCAGUAUCUCGUCAAUGGCUAUGACACGGUUGUAUCUCGGACAGGACAUGACCCAACUGGAGGGCUUCUGCGUUGAAGCUCCCGAAGAAAUCCCUAAUUGGCAGCGGGAUACGCGCGGCGGAGCCAGUAUCAUCUCAGUUCAACAAGUUGCGCGUGCCCUCCAAGGCAAGACUAACUUCCGCGAUGCUGAUGGCAUCAUGUCGGACGCUGAGCACAAUACAUCCGACUUCAUGACAUACUUGGAUGCACAUUCCACCAACGCCGACAGGCCCCGGGACAUCUAUUGGGGUCUUGCCAUGAUACCAUUGUUCCUCUUCGGUCACCACACCAGAGCAGUUGAAGUCGGCACCCAAUUACUAUUCACACGACACAGACUUUGGUCUGCGCGUGUGUCAUAUGUGAUUCAAUUCUACCUUGCAGCUUCACUGCUCAUGCUUCACAAUGAUAGUCCUGCACAAGGAUAUCUUGAUGGCAAGAUGGAGACACUGAAACAGUACAAGACCGAGAUUGAUAUUGCUCGAUCUUCAUCGGAAGCAAAUUAUGGAAUGUGGUCAUUCAUAUUGGAAGCCCUGAUCUCUGAGGUUCACAACGACCACAGUGCUUCUAUCCAGGGGUAUGAAGCUGCUAUUGAUCACUCCCAAAUUCACGGCUGGCCCCUCGAAGAGGCGUUGGCACUUGAGCUGCAAGGUGAAUUCCUAAUCAGAAGGGGAGCUAAGAGAGCCGCUCGGGCUGUUAUUCAAGAGGCUAUCGCUGCCUGGAGCUCAAUAGGUGCCGGAGGCAAAUCAACCCAACUGGCUGAGAAGCACGAGUGGUUACUCAAGACUGCGACCUCGGCAAAGACUGUCGAUGUUGGCUGUCAAACUGUUGACUCGCUUCUUGAGAUCGGCCGUGAAGUUGCUCAGGAAGAGAUAUUGAUCCCUCAGCAACUGGAAGAGAACGAAAGAAGACAACAUUGGAUCGAGCAGAAUGGGGUCGCUACUGGCGAGCCAGCGCUAGACAUAUCGAGUGUGGGGCUAGACAUUAUUGACCUGAGUAGCAUCCUCGAGUCCAGCCAAGUCAUGUCUUCGGAACUUCAAAUCGAAAAGCUUUUCACAAAAAUGCUUGAGAUAAUAUUGGAGUCAUGCAACGGGUCCGAUUUCGCAAUCAUUGCCACCGACUUUGACGACAAUGGCUUUGCGAUUGCCGCAGCCGGCGAUGCCGAGAAAGGCCAAAAGUCUUUCCCCGAAGGCCUGCCAUUCUCAGAGAUGGAUGAUCGUAUCGCACUCCAAAUUUCACACUAUGUCAUGCGUACCAAGGAGGAAGUUCUCGUCCACAACGUUCUCGAGGAUGAGCGGUUCUCUAAUGUGAGCGAGUCUUAUCUUGCCAAUUUCCCUGCAGGUCGAUCUGUCAUAGCACUGCCAGUCGUCCAAGGCGAUCACCUUCUUGGUGUCAUUCACCUGGAGGGAAAGCCAAACUGGUUCACACAGCGUAAUGUUGUCGUGUUACAUCUGCUUUGCAACCAGAUUGGUAUUUCGCUGUCCAACGCAUUGCUUUUCCGCGAGAUUCGAAAGGUUAGCGCCAAAAACGCUUCUAUGAUUGAAUCUCAAAAGCGUGCGCUGGCGCUGGCGCGAGAGGCCGAGCAAAAGGCCAAGAUUGCCGAGGCCGAGGCUAAGCACAACGUGAAGCUGAAGGAAGACGCAGCAAGGGCCAAAUCGAUCUUCCUUGCAAACAUCUCUCAUGAUCUUAGGACACCCAUGAACGGCGUGAUUGGUCUGUCGGAACUACUCAAAGGCACACCUCUUGACAAGGAACAAGAUGAAUACGUGGAAUCGAUCCGUGUGUGCGCUGAUACCUUGCUCACACUCAUCAAUGACAUUUUGGACUUCUCAAAAUUGGAAGCUGGGAAAAUGAAGAUCUCCACCGUCCCGCUCAACCUGAAGCAAACUAUUACAGAGGUCAUUCGUGCUUUGCGGUACACACACCGUGACAGAGGAUUGGAAACCAUUGAGAAUCUGGACAAGGUUCCAUCGGAAUUGGUGGUUCUUGGAGACCCCGUCCGUCUGCACCAGAUUUUCAUGAAUCUGCUCAGCAACAGUUACAAAUUCACACCCGCUGGAUCGGUCACAGUCACGGCAAGGGUUGCUCGUGAAGGCAAGGGCCGUGUUCGUCUGGAAUGCUCAGUUGCCGACACUGGUAUAGGUAUUCCAGACGAACAGAAAACACGCCUCUUCCGACCUUUCUCGCAGGCCGAUGCUUCCACAGAAAGAUCUUACGGCGGUAGUGGUCUUGGUUUGUCAAUCUGCAAAGCUAUCAUUGAAGAUGUUCUCGGUGGCGCAAUCUGGCUCGAAUCCACUUCUGGUGUGGGAACUACUGUGACAUUCCACCUAGUUUUCAACAAAGCGCCCAAAAAGACAGCAGUGCAGACAACAUGGUCGCAAGACUUGAACAAAGCGGAAAAAGAAGCCCGCCGUUCAUCAGCUCGCGAUCUCACUCAAAUCCCCCGUGAUCAGAUCAGAGUUUGCAUUGCCGAAGACAAUCCAAUCAACCAGAAGAUUGCUGUCAAGUUUGUCACAGGUCUCGGCCUCCAAUGCGAAGCAUACAGCGAUGGAAAGCAAGCUGUCGAUGCCCUUCGUGCAAGGUCCCAGGAGGGCAAUCCCUUCCAUGUGGUUCUCAUGGACGUCAUGAUGCCCACUCUCGACGGAUACAACGCCACUCGUGAGCUGCGUCGCGACCCUGAUCCAAAUGUCAAUGAAGUUCUGGUCAUUGCUAUGACUGCAAGUGCCAUUGAGGGCGAUCGCGAAAAAUGCCUGGAAGCCGGCAUGAACAAUUACCUCCCGAAACCGGUUCGCUCGCCCAUCCUGAGUGAACUCCUGGACAAAUAUCUCGCCCCGGUACCCUCAUACCCCAAAUCCCGCCUGGCGAUUCGAGAAAAGCGUUCUAGGGCAAGUAUGGAUGCUGGUGCUGGCACGCCUACCAGUUUCUCUUCUUCGGCCUCCGAUGAGCCGAAGCCCUUGCCUCUGGAAAAGAAAUGA